ACCUCCCCACAUUUCUUUUUGUUAGAGAGAGAAAGGGAGAGAUGACAAACGCACCGUCUGGAUUUAAUUCGACUCUUGUAUUCCCGGAGACAACUGCAUGUUUGGAAUUAGCCUUAAAUGUUUUGUUGGGCUUUUAAUUUUGUUGGACUUAUUUCCCUAAGCUGUCAUAGGUGGAUGACGGCGGACAAACAAUGAGAGGGCCAGUGCUGUUGUUUUUGUCGCUCCUCACCUCCAGCUCGGUGCUUGGGCAGGUCAGCUAUUCCGUUCCGGAGGAAAUGCCUAAAGGAUCUCUAGUUGGUAACAUGGCUAAAGAUUUUGGCUUGGAUGUUAAACGAUUAAAAUCUGGAAACGCUCGGAUAUUUAGUCGAGAAGGGGGUGAAUAUGUUGAGAUGAGUAAAGAACGAGGCGUCCUCCUAAUCAAGAACAGGAUAGACAGAGAGGUGCUUUGUGCGCAAACGACGCCUUGUGCCUUACACUUCCAGAUUCUAUUAGAAAACCCCAUGGAGUUUUACAGCGUAACCAUUGAAAUAACGGAUGUUAAUGAUAACUCACCUUCGUUUGAAAAAAAUGACGUGGAAUUUAAAAUCAGUGAGUCCGCCGUCCGUGGGGCGAAAUUCAUUUUAGAUCGCGCUGUCGAUCUGGAUGUGGGUGUGAACGGCUUACAGAGAUAUAAGCUGCACCCCACUGACAAUUUUGUUCUUAGAUUACACGAUCAGGCGGAUGGAACGAAAAAUGUUGAAAUGAUUUUAGAGAAACCUCUCGAUAGAGAGAAACAGGAGAAGAUCUCUUUGGUUCUGACUGCGCUGGAUGGCGGAGAGCCGCAGAUGACGGGAACAAUGCAGAUUAUAAUCACCGUUUUGGACGCUAAUGAUAACGCUCCUGUAUUUACACAGUCUGUUUAUAAAGCCUCAGUCAGAGAAAAUUCACCCGUAGGAGCGGUGGUGAGGACGGUUACUGCUACUGAUGCAGAUGAAGGGUCUAAUGGUAGAAUAACGUAUUCAGUAUCCAGCAUGCUCGAUAAUGCGCGUGGGUUAUUUGAAGUAAACGCAGACACGGGUGAAAUCCGACUAAAGGGGAAUGUAGAUUAUGAAAAAGCUCAAUCAUUUCAGAUAAAUAUCCGUGCUAGUGAUGACGGAGGACUGGUUGAUGCAUGCAAAGUGAUUAUAGACGUCAUUGACGUGAAUGACAAUAAACCUGAUAUUCAGAUUAUGUCAAAGUCAAACAUUAUUUCAGAAGAUGCUAAACACGGUACUGUUGUGACGAUGAUAAAUAUAGAGGAUGCUGACUUUGGUGAAAACGGAAAAGUGUGCUUCCUUAAUGAAAAUAUUCCUUUUAUGAUGAAGGCAUCAACUGGAAAUUUCUUUAGUUUAAUGACAGACAGCGAGUUAGACAGGGAGAGAGCCUCUGAGUAUAACAUCACGGUGAGCUGCUCUGAUGAAGGAGUGCCCUCCCUCUCCAGCAGCGUCACUCUCACCUUACAGAUCUCUGAUGUGAACGACAACGCGCCUGUCUUUGAGAGGAGCUCAUAUGAGGCCUACAUUGUAGAAAACAACACACCAGGUCUCUCUAUAUUCACAGUGAAAGCCACAGACGCUGACUGGAACCAGAAUGCCCGUGUUUCUUACAUACUGGAGGACUCCUCCGUUAACGGAGUUCCGGUCUCCUCAUAUGUGUCCGUUAGUGCUGAUAGCGGAGUCAUCCACGCAGUGCGCUCUUUUGACUACGAGCAGAUCAAAGACUUCCGGUUUCACGUUAAAGCGCAGGAUGGAGGCUCUCCUCCUCUCAGCAGCAACGUGACUGUGAAAAUACUGAUCCAGGACCAGAACGAUAACCCCCCCCAGGUCCUGUACCCGGUCCAGACUGGAGGCUCCGUGGUGGCUGAGAUGGUGCCUCGUUCAGCAGAAGUGGGCUAUCUGGUGACUAAAGUGGUGGCUGUUGAUGUGGACUCUGGACAGAACGCCUGGCUCUCCUAUAAACUGCAGAAAGCCACAGACAGAGCGCUGUUUGAAGUGGGCUUACAGAAUGGAGAAAUCAGAACUAUCCGUCAAGUGACUGAUAAAGAUGCUGUGAAACAAAGACUGACUGUUAUAGUGGAGGACAACGGCCAGCCCUCUCGUUCAGCUACAGUCAUUGUUAACGUGGCGGUGGCGGACAGCUUCCCUGAAGUGCUGUCGGAGUUCACUGACUCUACACACGACAAGGAGUACAAUGACAACCUGACUUUUUACUUAGUCUUGGCUCUGGCUGUAGUUUCCUUCCUCUUCAUCACCUGUUUGGUGGUUAUCAUCUCAGUGAAAAUCUACAGAUGGAGACAGUCUCGCAUCCUGUAUCACUCCAGCCUCCCUGUCAUUCCAUAUUAUCCACCACGUUACUCAGACACGCUGGGGACAGGAACUCUCCAACAUGUGUACAACUACGAGGUGUGCAGGACCACUGACUCCAGAAAGAGUGACUGUAAGUUCGGCAGAGCUGCUAGUCAGAACGUGUUGGUAAUGGACCCCAGUUCUACAGGAACCAUGCAGAGGAUGCAGGGUGAGAAGAGCAUCCUGGAUGAGCCUGACUCUCCUUUAGAGGUAAGAAAUCGUUUUUUUCUCUAAAAUAUUCAAAGUAUCAGCAACGAGCACACACUUGCACAAACUUUGAUGAAUAGGCAAACAGGAAAACACACACCCAAACAUUGAUUUUUGUUUUACAAACAUAUAUAAAUACAGACCUAACUCUGAAUUUAGCAGGUAAUCUGAUUUAUUUCAACAAGCUGCAUAUUCAUUCACAAAACAUGAACCACAUAUGGAUGUUUCAGUCAGGCUCAGUUGCUGCUCAGAGCACUGUUGAGGGGGGUGUUACAGUACACUGAAUGCUGCACAUUGCCAGAUAAUUAUUUUAUUCUGUUUCACACAUACAAAUCCUACAUAGCUGCACAACUAUUCAGGCCACCAAGCACUUCAUGUUUGAAAAGCAUCCCAGGUGAACUGCUCUACUUACUAACAGGCUUACAUGGUUUAAGAAAAGUAUUAGUAGUGGGGACCAGCUGGUGGGAACUCGUGUCCACCAGAAAUGACAGACGUUACACUGUCCUGGACCAAACUACAGGUGUGUUUAUAACAAGCACAAACAUAAAGUGCUGUUAAAAGACAAACUC